GCGGACGCCGAGCCCCGGCCCCAGGUGGGGGACCCCGGGCGGGCACCCCGGAGGGAAGCGGCGCGGCGACACUGCCAAGAUGUGGAAGUAAAUAAAGGACUUACAAAAUAACAAAGAUGCUUUGGAACCAGAAUGCCCCAGCAACUACAGUGCAAACUUUGUCUGGCCUGGUGUCCAUCAGCCUCCUGUUGGGUGUUUCAUGUGUCUUGCCUGGUGCUUCAGAUAAAGCUUGCACUUUUAAUAUGACAUUACGGAAGCUCCGACCAAUCCUGUCAUGGGAAUUUAAAAGCCAUUCAGCUGUACCAACUCACUAUACAUUGCAGUAUACAAUCAUGAGUAAAGACAAAGCGAUGAUGAGUGUUAAGAACUGUGAGAACAUCCCGAGAUCAUAUUGCGACGUCUCAGAAGUGUGGACGGAUAUGAGUGAGACCUACGUCCCCAAAGUCGUUGGCGUCCAUGGGAACACAACGCUGGGCCCCUGUUUGGGCCAGGUCCACCUGGUAACCAAAAUGUCUUUGGAGCCACCAGAGUUUGAGAUUAUUGGUUUCACUGACCACAUCAGUGUCCUCGUGAACAUUCCACCCAUGGCUUCCAAAAUCAUCGCAGAAUUACGGUACAACGCACCACUUGUCUUGGAAGAACAGUCAGAGGGGAUUGUUAAGAAGCACACAUUGCAAAUAAAUGGAAACCACACUGGAAAUUUCACUCAUGUCAUUGACCAGUUAAUUCCAAACACAAACUACUGUAUCUCUGUUUUUUUUGAGCAAAAUGAUAUGAAUCUAACGCCAACCAUAAGAUCGCCCUUCAAAUGUGUCUUCCUUCUACCUAAAGACCCAUCAGAGUCAUCGGAAUCUGGAAAAAUAGGAGGAAUAAUACUUUUUAUGUUUUUAAUAUCAGUUAUUGGCCUAUGCACCAUAAUAAUACUGAAACGGACUGGUUAUAUUUGCUUACAAUAUGAUUUCCCCGAAGUUUUGAGUUUUUAUAACUUGUCAUCCUGCACAUUUCUGAACCUGCCACCAUCAGAAGCAAUAGACAAAGUGGAGGUCAUUAUUGUCAAAAGAAAGAAGAAAGUGUGGGACUAUAACUAUGAUGACAGUGACAGUGAUACUGAAGAAGCCCCCCGGGCCAGUGAGGGUGGUUACACCAUGCAUGGGCUCACAGGCCGGCUUCUCUGUCUGGCAUCCACCUCCUCAGAGACCUUAAAGGACCACACAGACCCAGAUGCUGAGGAAUCUGAGGAACCUGACAUGUCCGGGCCUGAGGAUGACACUGAGCCACUAAUGGCCCUGGGGCCCAGCCCCCGGCGGUCAGAAUACCCAGGCAGGACCCCCGAGGGCUCUGGGAAUCUGCUACAGGAGCCCUUACUCCAGGAGACCAGCAGCUCCCCCGAGGGUUCUGGGAACAGAAUUGUCUUCAAUGUGAAUUUAAAUUCUGUAUGUAUGAGGGUCCUGGACGACUCAGAAGUCCCUCAGAUGUUAACUCUGCCAGAAGACACAGUCGACCUAGAAGAUCCUGAGGAAAUAGAAUCCAGCCCACUGUGGGCCAGUGGAGAAGAGACAGGGGCCUCUGAGGAGAGCCUCUGUCCUGCAGAUGUUCCUUCCGAUACUAGUGACGCUUGCGGAUCAGAUGUUGACUUCGGGAAUGGUUAUCUAGCCAGAUGAGUCCAGAACACAUCUGAUGCGCUUGGACUAACAGAUUCUUCAAGGGGUCUCUCCGCCUGCAGUGAUUGGCUUCUCCUGGAAAUGUCAUCUAUGCCAAGAGGAGGUGGGGAACAGUAUGGUAGUGUCAUUCAGUGCCUGUUUACAUGUUCAGGGCGAUACCUUUGGAGGAAGAAGCCCUUCCUUUCCCUCUACUCUCCUGCAUUAUAAUGCUCCUGCUCCCGGAGCAGGGCGCAAGUUCGCCUGAGGUUCUGAGGGGUGGUCCAAGACCCGGCCAGAUUUCUGGGAAAUAAUUCAAUGGGGUCAUGGUGGGAGCAUGGGGAGGGAAUGAGGACACCGGCAGGGUCCAUAGCAGCAUUUUCCAGUGGUUCGGGAAAAGAAAAGGACAGCAGGCUGAUGAGGAGGGAGGCAGCUUGGGCACCUCCAAAGUGGCUUUCUCUGGCCUCCACAUUGAGAACUCCACUAGCCCCUCCUCCAGCUCGCCUCAGGUCCAGGGAAGAUAGCAGACCCGCACAUGGAAAUCAUGCUAGUGUCAGCCAGGCAACUAAGACACAGAGGAGUCAUUUGUGUGAAGGAAUAGCAUAAAAUCUCAGUGCCAUAUUUUAAGAUUUUAAAACAAAGUUAGGGAACAGAUGCAAAAGUGCUUCUAGGUCUUGAGGAGAAACAGGCAUAAAAACCCUAGAGAUCCAAUUUAACGAUUUAGAAAGCACAAUGUAUACUGAUUCUAAACGCCCUAUAUGUGACCACUAUUCCUGUGAAGGGGGGGGGGUGCGUGCUUUGAAGCUGUGGAAAGUUCUCAAAUGUCAUGUAGCAAACAGUACAGAAUAGGGACUCAGGCAUGACUGCCAUUUCUCUGGGUGGUCCUGGUACUUUGCACAACCACUCAGCCUCAGUUUCUCCAUUUGCAAAAUAAGGGGAUUGGGCUGUGUAAUCUCCAGGAUCCCAUGAGGACAGGAGAAGUAUUAGAUAAUAGGUAUGAAGACUCCAGUGGAGGUGCUAGCAGGGACAGGGCUCCAGGCAGAAGGGCCCGCCUACAGAUCCCACCCCACCCCAGCAGGGUUGGCGGCACCUUUCUUCAAGGCAAACUCAAAACAAGAAAAACAAAAAGUGCAUGAGCCCUACUUUCAAAGAUUUUAAAUAGAAAUUUUGUAUCGUUGCUCUAAAGAACUCAGAGAGGCCUAUGAAGAGGGAGCUGUUACUUAAUAAUUGAAUGAAACACCUUAAGAAAAGGACCUCAUAUACCUAGUCCAUUACUCAGACCUCCGUCUGCCUUGAUGGUAUUUUGAAAGCUUUCCAGAGUCAAUCUUGGGAACAACGUUUUUAUGGCUGCUUGGGGGUGGGGUGUUCCGGGAAGGGGGGGUGCCUAUGAGCGUGUGUUUUAAUUUUUGUAUAAUGGUUGGCGAUUGGGAAAGGAUAAAAGAUACUUUUUACACAAACAUGGUAAUGUCUUCAGAGCCAGUGUCUGCAGCAGGGGCACGCGCGCUGCCCUCCCCGGCUGCCCGCAAAGAGGGGUCAAGAGCUCCUUCGCAGGCCUGGGGUGCUAACGUCAGAAUGUAGGCACAUCCCGUUUCGCAACAACAAAACUCCCCUAGACUGAAAAUGAGGAUUAAGCAGAAUUAAACUAACCAUUCUGUAAUCUCUCUUCCCUCACCCCCAUGAUUAACCUUUAACUGGUCCCACCUGCAUUCCUGGGACCUUGAAAAAUGGAUUGUUACACCCCUAAUAAAAUUCUCCGUGUCCUUCUGGGGUUGAUGGCGGCAUCGGAAACAGACAUCAGUGAUUGCUGAGAAAUCUCCCUGCGGGGGCAGUCGAACACCUGGACUCAUGUCACCUGGACGCAGGCCCCUGUUGGGCCUGCAGACUUGAAGCCCUGCGCUCCCCUCACAUUCCUUCCCCCUUAUAAAAGGCAGCCCUCCCACCAUGGGGGGCCCCAGCACUGGGGGGCCGGUGUCUGGGCCCUGCCCGGCCUGGUCUCUUAAGGGCCAUCUGGAACACUCCACGUAAGUGUUAUGGGGCAGCCCCGAUAUUGAACGGGUUCCUGGCUGUGGGUCUGUUAGGGGGAAAUGAUGUCCUGAGUUAAUCCCAUGCAGGCUUCGUGGACCCCACCCCCACUCCAGA